CGCAUCCCACUUGCCGCCGCUAAAACGGUAGACGUGUAUGUCUGGCGCAGGAGAAGGGAAUAGAGACGCAAGAGGAGUCAGCUAGAUGGGAAGACCGAGCAGUUAUUCUUCUUUGAACCAGACGGAAUGACAAAAUGGAUGAUCAUUUUACUACUUCAUGCAACGGACAAGCCAGCAUUACCAGCUGUGAUCAUCGUUAUCAACCAUGCCCUUCCUCACCCCCAGUUCAUUUGCCUCACUCGUCGAAUCGGCAUUGUCGUCUCGCUCCUCCGUCCUUGGUCGAGCCACCCAUGCCCAGAUCGUCAAGACCCUGGACGCCACACUCCCUUCCUUUCUUUCCAACUACCUUGUCAACAUGUAUUCCAAGUUCGACCUUCCCAACUCAGCUCAACUUGUACUCUCACUGGCCCCCAACCGCUCUGUUGUCACCUGGACCGCCCUAAUCUCUGGGUCUGUCCAAAAUGGACAUUUCUCCUCUGCCCUUCUCCAAUUCUCUGACAUGCGCCGUGAAUGCAUCCAACCCAAUGACUUCACCUUCCCUUGCGCGUUCAAAGCCUCAGGUUCGCUCCGGUUGCCAGUCACGGGCCAACAACUUCACGCAUUGGCAGUAAAAGCUGGUCAAAUACAGGACGUCUUUGUGGGGUGUAGCGCUUUUGAUAUGUACUGUAAGACAGGUCUUAGGGAGCACGCCAGUAAGAUGUUUGAUGAAAUGCCUGAUAGAAAUACUGCGACGUGGAAUGCGUAUAUAUCCAAUUUGGUGCUCGAUGGGCGACCUAAAAAUGCAAUUUAUGGAUUUGUUGAGUUUCGGCGUAUUGGUAGGGAACCCAAUUCCAUAACGUUAUGUGCCUUUUUAAAUGCAUGCUCGGACGCUUUGUAUUUUUCUCUUGGGCGACAGUUACAUGGUUUUGUGUUACGCAGUGGGUCCGUGGCGGAUGUCUCGGUUGCGAAUGGGUUGAUUGAUUUUUAUGGUAAGUGUCAAGAGAUUAGUUCCGUUGAGUUGGUUUUUGGUGCGAUUCUGACUCCCAACGAUGUUUCAUGGUGUUCAAUGAUUGCUGCAUAUGAGCAAAAUGAUAUGGGAAUGGAGGCUUGCACGGCAUUCUUGCAGGCUAGGAAAGAAAAUCUUGAACCAACAGAUUUCAUGGUCUCGAGUGUUCUUAGUGCUUGUGCGGCGUUGGCAGUACUAGAAUUGGGCAGUUCAGUCCAUGCUCUUGCUGUGAAGGCUUGUGUUGAGGGGAGUGUUUUUGUGGGGAGUGCACUUGUUGACAUGUAUGGAAAAUGUGGAAGUAUAGAGGAUUGCGAAAGAGCAUUUCAUGAGAUGCCUGAGAGGAAUUUGAUUACUUGGAAUGCGUUGAUUGGUGGCUACUCUCAUCAAGGGCAUGCUGACAUGGCAUUGGACUCAUUCAAGGAGAUGACAUGCGGCAGGCUUGAUGUGGUACCAAAUUAUGUUACCCUGGUGUGCGUGUUGUCAGCUUGUAGUAGGGCCGGGGCAGUGAAAGUAGGCAUGGGUAUUUUUGAGUCAAUGAGAGGGAAGUUUGGAAUUGAACCAGGCGCGGAACAUUAUGCAUGUGUUGUAGACAUGCUAGGGCGAGCUGGGCUGAUAGAGCGUGCUUAUCAGUUUUUAGAUAGAAUGCCUAUUCCUCCAACAGUUUCAGUUUGGGGGGCUCUUUUAGGGGCUUGUAGAGUGCAUGGGAGGCCAGAAUUGGGGAAGAUUGCAGCUGACAACUUAUUUAAACUUGAUCCACAAGACUCUGGCAACCAUGUACUGCUUUCAAAUAUGUUUGCAGCUGCUGGGCGGUGGGAAGAGGCCAACCUUGUGAGGAAGGAGAUGAAGGAUGUGGGGAUCAAGAAGGGUGCAGGGUUCAGUUGGAUCUCUGUAAAAAAUGUAAUCCAUAUCUUCCAUGCAAAGGAUACCUCUCACGAUAGGAAUUCUGAGAUCCAGGCAAUGCUAGCUAAGCUAAAAGGAGAGAUGAAGGCAGCUGGCUACAUUCCUGAUACCAAUUUUUCUCUCUAUGAUUUAGAAGUGGAAGAGAAAGAAUCUGAAGUUUGGUACCACAGCGAGAAGAUUGCACUUGCCUUUGGCCUCAUUGUCAUAUCUUCCGGAGUCCCUAUAAGAAUAACCAAAAAUCUUAGGGUCUGUGUGGAUUGCCAUAGUGCGAUUAAAUUUAUUUCAGGCAUCGUCGGCAGAGAAAUUGUUGUAAGAGAUAGCAAUAGGUUUCAUCAUUUUAGGGAUAAUAAAUGCUCAUGUGGGGAUUAUUGGUGAUCUUCGUUACCUGGGAUAUCUUUUACAAUUUUAAACAGGCUGGGGAGCUUUCCCUCCAAAACAUUUGUAAGAUUUGAACAUGGUUAUAUUUUUAAUUUAUCUGUGGA